AUGCACGCCGCUCUACUCCUCGCCGCCGCACCGGCAUUUAUCCUUGCCGCCCCCGAACGCGCUCCCAAAAUCACAUCGCUCAAGUUCUCAGGAACAGGUUGCCCAAACGAUAGCAAUUCCGUGAAGGCUGUCUACGGCGAGCUUGGCGACGCGCCAUCGUUCACAUUCAGUCAGCUCAGAGGCGAUGAUACAGGGAACUGCGAGCUGCACAUCCAGUCAACUGGUGGAUCGCAGGGGUGGCAGGUCGCUGUAAAGGAAGUUGCAUAUCAAGGAAACGUGCAGUUGUCGAGUGGAAGCCAAUUGGAUACGAUCACCCAGGCAUACUGGAGUGAGCAUGCGGCUGAUACCAGCGUACUGAAGGGAACGAUUGCUUGCGCAGGUCCAGAUAUUAAGGACUACGUUACAGUAAAGUCAAGCACAACUGAUCUGAAGUGGUCGAAGUGCACGGGUCCAGAUGGAAACCCAGGCAUCUUGAAUGUCAACGCGCGACCUGUGGUGCAAGGCAACUCUGGGACAUACGAUAUUAAGCAAGCGACCUGGGGUCUACAAUGGCGGAAGUGCUAG